CCUCCCUUUUCUACUUUUCUAGCUGCUCUUCCAUCAUACUCAAUCACCGUUGUUGACGUCAUUGUUAGUCUUGGAUAUAUCAUGGCCUGCAAUACCAUUACAGAGAAGUCGGCAAGACAGAUCCUCAGGGAUGUUGAUAACUAUGUCUUCGACUGUGCCGGUGUUCUUUGGGAUGAACUGACAGCUAUUGACGGCAGUCCAGAAACAUUAAAACGACUAAAGAACCUGGGCAAAAAUGUUUACUAUAUUACCAAUAACAGCGGUAUUACCAGAGAGCAAUUUAGAGAAAAGUGUGCAAACGUGUUGGGUCUUGAUGUUGAAAAGGAUGAAACGAUGUGUGCGGCAUAUGCUGCAGCCCUGUAUCUCCACCAGAGGAAACACCAGGGUAAGGUGUAUGUGGUGGGAAACAAUGCACUGGGGGAAGAACUGGACGAGUUUGGUAUAAACCACACAGGGAUUGGGCCAGAUCCCAUAGGAGACAAAUACAUUAUAACAGAUUUUGCAAGGACAGAACUUGACCCCCAGGUUAACUGUGUAUUGGUUGGCUUUGACCCCGAUUUCAGCUUAAACAAGAUCGUUAAGGCUGCGUCAUAUGCCAGAAAAGAAGGGUCACUGUUCCUUUUAACUGGCGAGGACUCCCAUCUUCCCAUCAGAUGUGAUGUCACCAUCCCAUGUUCAGGAAGUAUAGCGGCAUCGGUGAAGGUAGCAGCCCGCCGAGAGCCCCUCGUGAUAGGCAAACCAAACCCCACUAUAUUUGAUGUCCUGAAAAGGGCUUAUGGCCUCGACCCCAGAAGAACUUUGAUGGUUGGAGACAGGUACAACACAGACAUAGCUUUGGCUAAGAAUUGUGGACUAUACUCACUGCUGGUUCUGUCAGGUGUUGUCAGUCAGGAAGACGUAGACAAAGACAAAUUAUCCACUGACCCUGAAGUCACACGGAAUCUCCCAGAUCAUGUCGCAAAAUGUCUCUGGGAAUUUGGAAAGCACAUCCCAGAAUCAUAAAUAUCAUUAUCAUGCCGUUUUUUUAUGAUUAUUAUGGCGAAACUAGCGAAUUUUCAAAUUGACAUUUUCCUACAUUUUUAAAAAAAGUCUUGAUAUUGUGUAUGAAGCUAUAUCUGUAUAUUUAUAUCGCCAAUGAACGAAUCGGAUCCGAAGGUUAAAUAUUCGACUUUUCUGUCAUAAUUGUACUUUAUUGAAUACGUGUCAAUAAAUAUAUUUUCCGACCGACGUUCUGAUAUGGGUCACGUGAAUUUAGACCUAUUGCUCCGGGCGGAAAUGCAGUAUCUGGUA